UCAGAUUCAGAUUAUCAGGAUAAGCCAAAUAGCCAGCAAGAAACUGGCUCGAAAGAAUCUUUCCAUCUGUCACAGUCAAGGGCAAGGCGUUGCAAGGUGGACGAGAUAGACGAGAUGGAAGUUGUUCAGAAAUAUCCGAUUUCAGACUUUUCGCCGCCCGACUCAAAGUCUACUGAUCCAGACAACUGA